UUUUACCCUUUUUGAGUUCCCCGCUGAAAUAGCUUUUGUUUUUGUUUUUUUGCUUAUUGAAAGGAUCUUAAGCUCUAUGUGUUUCCCUGCUUUUCAUUUAAUAUUCGUUUUCUUUGGCAGUUUUCGAAAGCAGCAAUCGAUCUUCUUCUCUUCGUUGCCUUUUCUAGUUUUCUCGCCGUAAAAGAGGUUGUCUUGACAAGUUUUAAGUUCUGAUGUCUCCACCGCUGCUGGGCGUGGAAGAGGGAGGGCAAAUUAAUGUUCCUUCUCCAGCUGUUGAGUGCAUCUCCCAGAAUGACUUGGGUUUAAAGGAGAUAAAUUAUCUGGGAUUGUCAGAUUGCUCUUCAGUAAACAUCUCUGGUGUCUCAAGCUUGCCAGAGGGUAGCAGCAAUAAUCUUAAUUUGAAGGCGACAGAGCUUAGGCUUGGCCUUCCUGGAUCUCAAUCCCCAGAGAGAGAUGUGGAUCUUUGCUUGCUGAACUCGGUUAAACUUGAUGAGAAGACACUUUUUCCUCUACUUCCUUCUAAAGAUGGAAUCGGCUCUUCAUCACAGAAAAGUGCUGUUACUGGAUACAAAAGGGGGUUCUAUGACACCAUGAAUGGGUUCUCCCGGGUGAAAGGCUCUCUAUACACUGAAAAAGAUUGGAUGUUUUGUGGAGCUGGUUCUGAAUCUCAGCCCGUGGGACAUGGUCAAUGUCCUGCUAAUUCAGGGGUUAAUGUGAUGUCAGCAAGAUCUUCUGGAGUUCAAGCAUCUGUAGAAAAAGAUGGGCCUGCAAAUGUGCAAAAUACCAAUGUAGCCAACCUUAAGCAAAGUGGCGUUUCUAAUCACAACAGCAGUGCACCUGCUGCCAAGGCACAGGUUGUUGGCUGGCCACCAGUAAGAUCAUUUAGGACCAAAACUCUGGCCACUUCUAAGAACAGUGAUGAAGUUGAUGGAAAACCUGGUCCAGGUGCUCUUUUUGUCAAGGUCAGCAUGAAUGGGACUCCUUACUUGAGGAAGGUAGAUUUGAGAACUUAUUCAACUUAUAGGGAGCUGUCUUCUGCACUUGAGAAGAUGUUCAGUUGUUUUUCGCUUGUUCCAUGUGGGUCUCAUGGAGCUCCUGGGAAGGAAAUCUCCAGUGAAAGAAAGUGGAAGGAUCUUUCACAUGGAUCAGAAUAUGUGCUAACAUACGAAGAUAAAGAUCGUGACUGGAUGCUUGUUGGUGACGUUCCAUGGGAGAUGUUCAUUGAAACGUGCAAGAGGCUGAAAAUUAUGAAGAGUACUGAUGCAAUUGGAUUAGCACCAAGAGCAACAGAGAAAUGCAAGAUUGAUCAGUAACUAGAAAGAGAUUCAAUUGUUGAUUUCCUUACCAAAGCAAAAGUGACGAAGUAUGAAGGUUGUGAUAAUCAAAAGCUGAAAGCUACAGGGUAAAAGAUCAUAUGAUAUAAAACCAUCUCAUCUAUGUGAUUCCACCAAGAAUCAGUUUACUUUUUAUGUUUUUAUCGCAAAUUUACGAUGAUUGUUAAAAAUGUUUUAAGAACAUUACUGAUUAUGGAUAAUGUGUG